GAAACAGGAAAAGAAGAGAUGUCGCAUGGACGCAGCAUGGCUACUCUCAGGGCGAGGGAGAUGAGGAAUCGGAGGGAGAGCGGCUGCACUCCGAAGACCAUCUCCUUGCCGAGUCCCCUGGGGAAGAUCCAAGUCAGCGGAUGUGAGAAUGGCGUGCACACCAUCCAGAUCCUAAUGGAUGUCGCACCUGCUGAAAGGAGCGGCGUGCCCCCCCCGAGCUGCCGUGUGGUCAGCGGCGCCCCGGCGGAAACCAACCCGGAGUUGCGGCGCUGCGUGCGAUGGCUCCAGGCGUACUUCAGCGAGCCGCGCGGCGCUGGGAGUCUCCCGCCGCUGCCCGCCUUUCACCACCCGGCCCUCAGAGCAGAUACCUUCACCAGCCGCGUGCUGCACGUCCUCCUGAGCCACGUGAAGAUGGGGGAGACGGUCUCCUACAAGCGCCUGGCUGAGAUGGCGGGACAGCCCGGGGCGGCGCGGGCGGUGGGAGGAGCCAUGAGGAGGAACCCGAUCCCGCUCCUCAUCCCCUGCCAUCGAGUGGUCUCCAGCAGCGGCCGGAGCGGACCCUACAUGGGCGGCCGGGGCGACCACCUCAAACAAUGGCUGCUGGCCCACGAGAGGCGGGCCCAGGAGGACGCACCCAGGGAGACCACCCCCCCUUUUCCCCCCACCUCCAGGUUGACCCACUUGAUGAGUAUAGAUUUCAGCCUCCGAAGAGACAAAAGGUAACCUUGCUCCUUGCCUGUAUCGAUUCUUUAUUAACGAGCUGCUUCAUGCACCCUAAUGAGGAUCUGAAUGAAUCAAAUGUUUAUGAAUGUGACAAAGACGCGGCGAGGAGGAGCGGCCAAUGUCAGGAAGAACACCUCCAUAGCGGUCUUUACGGACUUGGUCUUCAACACCUGGAAGGCAAACUUUUUUCACCCCGUUUGGAGUAAAAAUGUGCCAAGAUGACCUUUUUCACGCCAAAUAUGUCAAAGGUUUCUCCCACAAAAUACACGCUAGCUAUGUGCUACAGUCGUAUGAUAAAAAUGGUUAUUUAGCAAGGUCGAGGAUUUUUUUAAUGUCGAGUCGGAGUAAACAUUUUUAAAGUUGCAUCUUCCGAAGACUUAGGUUAUCGUUUUGUUCUACAUUUUCGUAAAAUGGUUAUUUAGCAAGGUCGAGGAUUUUUUUUAUGUCGAGUCGGAGUAAACAUUUUUAAAGUUGCAUCUUCCGAAAACUUAGGUUAUCGUUUUGUUCUACAUUUUCGUAAAAUGGUUAUUUAGCAAGGUCGAGGAUUUAAUAAUGUCAAGUCGGAGUAAACAUUUUUAAAGUUGCAUCUACUGCAGACUUAGGUUAUCGUUUUGUUCUACAUUUUCGUAAAAUGUACAUUUUCCUUCUAUUCAAGCUGUUUUUAACUGUUUUCUCCUGUAAAUGCAUGUAAACUACGAGUUUGCAGUGUCAAGAGUCGGAGUAAAAGUAUUUCAAAGUUGCAUUUUCUGAAGA